CUGAGGUUAGAAAGGUUUAUCGACGGUUUUCAACGGGGUUCAGUUAAAAGUUUCCUUAAAUAUCGAAAAAAAAUUAUUAAUUUGUGAAGUGAACAGUUGGAAUAAGUGCAUGAUAUACAUAUCCACGUUAUAUACUACCCCAAUUUCAAAUUCUGAACUUCAAUUGGGAUACCAUGUCUCACCAGUGCCUCGGGGAUAACAGCAGGGAUGAAUGGAAUAAAGCUACCAGCAACAGAGUAAACGAUGAUCACGAUUGUUACCGAAAUUCAACUGUACAUAGUGAAUUAUAUAUGGACACAUAUCUUCAAUCACUUAACGAACCUGAAGAAUUUUUUGGGAAUAUCGCCAAACGUCUCCACUGGAGUAAGUUAUGGGAUCGAGUACUGGACAACAGGACUCCACCCUUCACAAAAUGGUACUGUGGAGGAUACUUGAACGCUUGUUAUAAUACCAUCGAUCGACAUGUGAUUGCUGGAAAAGGUGACCAAGUGGCGUUGAUUCACGACAGCCCCAUGACCAACACCGUGCGAAAAGUAACGUAUAAGGAGCUCUUUGAAAAGGUCUCAAUUUUAGCUGGUGGUCUGCGAAGAUUGGGGGUUAAGAAAGGCGAUCGGGUUGUAAUUUAUAUGCCUUUGAUCCCGGAAGUGAUAAUGGCUAUGCUGGCUACAGUGAGGCUUGGAGCAGUGCAUUCAGUAGUUUUUGGUGGCUUUGCAGCCAGCGAAUUAUGCACAAGAAUCGAACAUGCCAAACCCACCGUUGUAAUUGCCGCUAAUUGUGGAUUAGAGCCGAAUAAAGUCAUCCCUUAUCUGGACAUUCUUCAUGAUGCAGUUGGAAUGUCAUCUUGGAAGCCCAUACGAAGUGUUAUCUUCCAACGACAGCAGAUACUGGUUUCGCCUCUGGACAUAGAAAACGAUAUCAACUGGGAUGAUGUGUUGGCAUACGGAGAGCGGGCAGAGUGUGUUCCGGUUGAAGCAAAUGAUCCCCUUUACAUACUUUACACGUCUGGAACGACAGACAAGCCUAAAGGAAUUCAAAGGCCUACGGGAGGUCAUUUGGUGACUUUGAUGUAUACUAUGGAUACAGUUUAUGGAGUGAAGCCCGGAGAUGUAUGGUGGAAUGCGUCAGACUUAGGGUGGGUUGUAGGACAUUCAUAUAUUUGCUAUGGGCCACUGCUUUAUGGAGCAACUAGUAUUAUGUAUGAAGGCAAACCAGAUAGGACACCUGAUCCUGGACAAUAUUUUAGAUUAAUUGAUCAACAUAAAAUCAAUGUAUUAUUCUCUGUGCCUACUGCAUUCCGUGUACUCAGACGCGCUGAUCCUGAUUUAAAAUUCGGCAGCAAGUACUCAUUAAAAUCCUUGCGAACUAUUUUUGUGGCUGGGGAGCAUUGUGAUCUGGAGACAAAAUCUUGGAUUGAGGAAAAAUUUAAGGUGCCCGUGCUGAAUCACUGGUGGCAAACUGAGACUGGCUCUGCCAUUACCGCCACUUGCUUAGGCCUUGAUCAGAAUUUAAAUCCUCCUAAGUAUACCACGGGAUUGCCUUUUGUUGGGUAUGAUAUUAAAGUGAUGCAUCCAGAUGGGAGUGAAGCUGGACCAAACGAACUUGGGCGUAUUCUCUGCAAAUUGCCACUACCCCCGGGUACAAUGUCAACACUUUUUCAAAAUGAUGAGCUUUUCAAGAAGGUUUACUUCCAGAACUAUCCGGGAUACUAUGACACGAUGGAUGCAGGCUACAAAGAUGACAACGGCUAUAUUUUUGUGACAGCGAGGGACGACGAUGUUAUCAACGUUGCAGGCCAUCGGAUAUCCACUUCUAGUUUAGAAGAUGCUGUUUUCAAACAUCCUGAUGUUGCUGACGCGGCCGUUUUUGGUGUACCUGAGUCCACAAAAGGACAAGUCCCCCUUUGUCUAUUCGUGCCUAAACAAGGAUGUGAAAAACCGACAACAAAAGUAUCUGUGGAAAUCAUCAAAGUUGUUCGGGAUACGAUUGGACCAAUAGCAUCAUUUCGAUUGGUCGCUGCAGUUGAGACAUUAGCACGAACUCGAUCAGGAAAAACUAUGAGAAAAGCCAUGGCGGAUUUUGCAGCUAAUAAAAGUGUAAUUCUACCAGCAACGGUUGAAGAUGCGACUGUCUUUAAAGAUAUUCGCCGAGCCUUACAAGAGUUAGGCUACGCCAUGAAUGCUCCUGACCCAGUUGUAGGUAUGAAGAGAGGAAAGUGAUCGACCCUUUAAGGGGUAUUUUGCAAAUUAUUAAUCUUAGAAUAGAAUCAAAACAGCCACUAAGCAAUAAAGUUGUCAUCUUUGUAAUGAAAUAGAUAGUCAUAUAAAGUGCUGGUUGGGGACCUAAAUCAGUUUAUAAUUAAA